UGACAAUACGGCAGGGGCUGUACUUGCGGAUGGAGGAAGUCUCAUUCAUGAGAGAGCUGCCGGGUUUCUCUUUACUUUCAGAGCCCAGGACCAGGUGUCCCCGGCGUCCCGCGCCUCGGAGGAAGGGAGCCGGGGCGCCGAGUAUGCACUAAGAAUACCGGCUAAUCCCGGCAGCAGCUGGCACCAUGUCAUUCUUCCGCAGGAAAGGUAAAGGAAAAGACCAAGAUAAAUCAGAUGGGAAACCAUUUAAAGAACAAGCCCCAGUAGCAGUACCUUCCCCGUCAAGGAGUCCUAAAAACAAUGCAUUACUGGAGGCUGCUGGUCCAAGCCAUGUGGCCAUCAAUGCCAUUUCGGCCAACAUGGAUUCCUACUCUAGCAGUAGGACCGCUGCACUCAAAAAGCAGCCAACCCACAUGGAAGCUACGCAUUUUGGUGACCUGGGCCGGUCUUGUUUGAAUUAUGAAGCCCAGGACACAAAGUCAAGUCUUUCAAAGACGCUGGAGCAGGUGCUACAAGACCAUUUGGCUCUCCCGUAUUUUAUCCAAUUUAUGGAGCUCAGAAGGAUGGAACAUUUGGUGAAAUUCUGGCUAGAGGCUAAAAGUUUUAACACGACUGCUUGGUCACGUAUAAGAGCGUAUAGUUUAAAUACAGUAAAGCACAGCUCUUUGGCAGAACCAGUAUUGUCAUCUCCAAAGCAACCAGACUUGUUGACCACAACACUCACUGAUCAACAGGCCCAGAAUUUGUCUAAAAUGCCACAUCAUACAUCCAGAUUAAAAGGAUUUCAUCCGGGUCCAAAGCAAAGCAGUGCUUCAAACCAUUUGCCGACUCAACACAAGAUAAGCAGUUCUCCUGGCAUUCAGCUGGAACUGUGCUCAGAACAAACUUUGUCCUCCUCAGAGCAGUCUUCCGUGUAUAAUGCCCCAGACAGGAGCAGCCCUACACACGAAGGAGGUGCGGAUAUGUCUAAGAAGUUAAUGAAGGGUAUAGAAAGAGAUGCCGUUAACACGUUCACCAAAUACAUUUCUCCGGAUGCUGCUAAACCCAUACCAAUCAGUGAAGAAAUCAGAAGUGAGAUUGUUGCUAAGAUCUGUGGUGAAGAUGGUCAAGUGGACCCGAAUUGCUUCCUUACAGCGCAGUCCAUUGUAUUCAAUGCCAUGGAGCAAGAGCACUUUUCUGAAUUUUUGCGAAGUCAUCAUUUCUGUAAAUACCAGAUUGAAGUGCUGACCAGUGGAAUAGUUUACCUGUCCGAUAUCCUUUUCUGUGAAUCUGCAUUGUUCUACUUUUCCGAGUAUAUGGAGAAGGAAGAUGCAGUAAAUAUAUUGCAGUUCUGGUUGGCGGCUGACAACUUCCAGGCUCAGCUCGCAGCCAAAAAUGGACAGUACGAUGGACAGGAGGCGCAGAAUGAUGCAAUGAUUCUAUAUGACAAGUAUUUUUCUCUACAAGCAACACACCCUCUGGGGUUUGAUGACGCCGUGAGGCUGGAAAUAGAGUCAAAUAUCUGCAGGGAAGGCGGCCCCCUUCCAAACUGCUUCACCACUCCUUUACGUCAAGCCUGGACUACAAUGGAGAAGGUAUACUUACCUGGAUUCCUCUCUAGCAAUCUAUACUACAAGUACUUGAAUGAUCUUAUUCACUCGGUGCGAGGGGAUGACUAUAGCUGGAGUGGCGCAGGGAACCCUGGUACUGGAAACCACAGCACUCCCAACCAUGAGCCCUACACAGGUGCUGCUGAUCACUCCAGCUCUCAGCCUAGUAUCAAAAAAAGCAAUGUAAAAAUUCUGAAAAACUUCGAUGAAGCAAUAAUUGUGGAUGCUGCAAGUCUGGACCCCGAAUCUCUUUAUCAGAGAACAUAUGCUGGGAAAAUGACGUUUGGGACGGUCAGUGAUCUGGGUCAGUUCAUGCGAGAGGCCGAGCCAGAACCGGAUGUUAAAAAAUCCAAAGGCUCCAUGUUCUCACAAGCAAUGAAAAAAUGGGUCCAGGGAAACUCAGAUGAGGCUCAAGAAGAAAUGGCGUGGAAGAUAGCAAAGAUGAUUGUCAACGAUGUGAUGCAACAGGCACAAUGGCAAACACCUCCACAGCAAUCUAACAAGAUAUGAUAUCAGGGAUGCCGGGCUGAACAUUAAGGAUUUACCUGCUUUGACAUUGAACAUUUUAACUUGCUUGUGGAUGUGGCCUUAAUGCCGCCGUGCAGUAAGGAGUAAACAAAGAACAGGUUCAAUAUUGCAGCCGAGUUACCGCUCUCUGGAGACUGGGAAAGAGAUCAUAAACAGUAGUGAACUUGUUGUCCAUGUCUGGUAUACAUCUUAUACUGGACGGACGUGCACAAAGCAGCUGUUUUUAUGAAGGUCCUGAAUACAUGAAGUAUUUAAAGCUGCGCCGGGUCAGCGAAUUCCAAAAGAAGCAAAAAAAAAUGUCAUUGCAGAGAUACAAGUCUGGAAGAUCAGAAGCUCUAGAUAUUUAGAGUGAGUGUAAUAGCCUUUCUGUUUCACAAUGAGUGCGUGUGGAGUAAUCCUUAACCAUUCGAGUGCCAGAGGCGAGUGCCCUAUUAGAAUGUUGCACGCUCCUCAGACACUCAGAACGGAAAACGAUUUCUCAUUCUUAAACAGAAAUGUAUAUUAUUGCCUGUAGUUUUUUUUUGUUUUCAUCGAAACAUUUCCGUUGAGCAGGUAGAAUUUUAGAAAGGAUUGAGAUCAUUGAUUAAAAAAAAAUGUAAUAUUUCACAUUUAUUUUGUAAUAACUACCUAGAACACUCUUAGCCUCUUCUCCCCAAAGAAUUGUCUGUAUUCUAGAACUAUAGAUCAGGGAAUUUUGUAGCCUUUUCCCCCGUGUGUAUCCUCUUAAUGCAUGCUGGCAUUCUCAGACCCUUUAAACAUAGUAUUCCACCAAAAAAUGCUUUUUACAGUCAGGAAUUAUCUUGCUUACCCGGUGUUCUCUAUUCAUUGAUUUUGUUUUCUCGGCUACCAUUGUACACGAGACUUACUGGCCACAUUAGUUUAGUUGCUUUUGAUUAUGAUAUGCUAGAUUUUAGACGGAUCUGAUAUAGUUAGUGUAACUGAUGGAGUUAAUCAGCAAAGGGAUCAAUAGCUUGAUCUUUUAAUUUCUUAUGUUUUUUAUGACAUGUUUGUUCCUAAAGGCCUGGUUCAGGCAGUGCAGAUUGGUUUAAAUGCCUGAUGGCUUGUGCUCUAAGUCUGUCCCCAGGACACCAUAAAAGCGCAGAACUGACACCGAAAACCACCUGCGCUCAUCUGAGCAAGUCCAUGAAAAAAAGAAGAAUAUUCUGUCGGACGUUCGCUGUAAAAAGUAACUGAAAAUAAUGAAAAUAAGUGACAAAUGCGAGUGAUUUCCGGUGCAAAGACAUCAGGGAGCGUAUGGUGCCCACCCUCCCCUUUUUUAAGUUAAAAUAACUGGAUUUAAUCUCAGGCUGCACGGCCAUUUCUGAUAUGCAGACAAACACUUACUAAAAUACUAGCAUAUUGGCUGCCUAUAACAAGAAACAUGCAAACAGAGGGUAAUAAAGUAGAUUGUCUCUGUUAUAGGGGUCUCGGUGUAGAAGAAGCACACAGCUUUACUGCUUUUGAACAGGCUUACAUGCCAGAAAAGCAUUCCCAUUGAAGGCAUUCUGAACUUUGUAUGAGAAAUACUGUAAAUAUUCCGCCGUAAACGUACUGGAAGAGGUCUGCGUCCCUGGAAGGCAUUUAAAGCUGCAGUUCGUACCAGCGAUGAUGUCAUUCUGAAACAUAUCCAUCUAUCUUGGUGAAUUACUGCAACACCACAAUUCAACGCGUCUUUAAACAGUUCUGUUUCACAUAAUGGCUUCAUCUUUGUUUUGCCACCGUGUUUGGACCCUGAAUGUUUGGCCCCGUGAACCUUUUUAUAUGUGCUUGGCUCACAAUAGCGCCCGGGACUCCCAUCAGCGCAUGAUUUCGGAUGGAAGAUGACCGAUGCGACACUCCUUUAUGCUGUUCUAGCUGCAGCAAUGGACGAACUCUCUCGUUGAGACCACUUGGAGUUUGGUUCUUGUUUCUAUGUUUUUAUAUAUCAUUUUUUUUUCUCGUUUUCUUUUCCAAAAAUCACUUUAUGUAAUGUUCUAAAAUGGUUUCCCGCGGUUGGAACAAAGACUGAUUCCGUAUAUAAUGUAACCCAGCUGCAAUUGUUAAACUACCCUAUGUAUUUUGUGGUUAUAUACAAAAGGAGGCUGUGUAUAGCUGUUUUGGUACUAUGUACCUCUUCCAUGAAAUUCUUCUGCCCAAGUAUUCCUGUACUUAAUCACUCACCUAUUUAAAUGUGUUAAAUUGAGAAUAUAUAAGAAAAAUAUUAAAAGUGUUGUCUAUCCUUUU